CCCCGGAUCAGAGCUGUAGGAAAGGGUUCCGCGCGAGCCGCGCGCGUUUCCGGUGCAGGCAGACGCCGCCGGAGUUAAAGAGCUGGAAGGGGACCAUGGCCAACAGUGAGCGCACCUUCAUUGCCAUCAAGCCUGAUGGGGUCCAGCGGGGGCUCGUGGGUGAGAUCAUCAAGCGUUUUGAACAGAAGGGGUUCCGCCUUGUUGGUUUGAAAUUUAUGCAGGCUUCAGAGGACCUUCUCAAGGAGCACUACAUUGACCUGAAGGACCGUCCCUUCUUCACUGGCCUGGUGAAAUACAUGCACUCAGGACCAGUGGUUGCUAUGGUCUGGGAGGGAUUGAAUGUUGUAAAGACAGGUCGGGUGAUGCUCGGAGAGACCAACCCUGCAGACUCUAAGCCUGGGACUAUCCGAGGAGACUUUUGCAUUCAAGUUGGCAGGAACAUCAUCCAUGGCAGUGAUUCUGUGGAGAGCGCAGAGAAGGAGAUCAGCUUGUGGUUUCAGCCCGAGGAGCUGGUGGAUUACAAGAGCUGUGCACAGAACUGGAUCUAUGAGUGACGGGAGGGCACCUGCUUUUCCACAUACUUACCCUGUUCUCAUGGACAGAGGACGGGCAACUCUAGAUAUUUCUGGAACUUCCUUGGACCUGGAAGGAACCUCUGGGAGCUGCGACUCCCUGUGCAGUGUGAAGUGCCACUGGUAGAUUAAAAUGUUUCAUCUCCA